GGUGAAAUGACAGAGCAGGUGGAGUUGGCUAUGGGUUGCGCUGGCGACUUGGACAGGGGAACGAUGAUAACAAUGGAAGAGAGUUGGGAUCGUGGCGGCUGAGGCAAAGGAUGACAUGAAUGAGGAUCGACCAUGAACUAAAGGAUAGCUCAGGCGUUUAUGUGUGGCUGGCACGAAGGCUUUUUGAUGGGAGGACCCACGUCGAGUGGCAAGAAGUAUUGAUCGACAAGGUAAGGGUCUCCCUAGCUCUCCAAAUUCAGUAAUGGAGUUGAUGGUCAUUUC